AUGAGGUUGCUCAAUGUGGAAACUGAAAGGCUGCAAGAGUUCGGGGACCACCCUCCGCCAUACAGCAUCCUUUCGCACACCUGGGGCGACGAGGAAGUGACCUUCGAGGAUAUUAAGAGCAACAAUUACACCCACCUGCAGGGCUACCAAAAGAUUCGUGGGCUAUGCAAAGUCAGUCGGGCCGAGGGCUACACGUACACAUGGAUAGACACGUGUUGUCUGGACAAGUCUUCCAGCUCUGAGCUGUCCGAGGCGAUCAAUUCCAUGUUCAACUGGUACAAGUCAGCGGCUGUCUGCUUCGCCUAUCUUGAGGAUGUACACGACUACCCAGGACGGGGACAGUCUAGCCUGGAUCAGUUCAAGAGAAGCAGAUGGUUCACCCGGGGGUGGACACUCCAGGAGCUCAUCGCCCCUCCCAUGGUGAUACUUCUGAAUUCAAAAUGGAGAGAGAUCGGGACAAAGUCGGCGCCUUUUUGGGCUCGGCUCAUCUCCGAGAUCACAGGCAUUGACAGGAAUUGCCUCGCCAUCAGCGCACCAUACUCAAGCGCGACGGAGAUCCUUCGGACCUACAGCGUCGCGCAAAAGAUGUCCUGGGCGGCCAAGCGGAGCACAACACGGCCUGAAGACCAAGCCUACAGUAUCAUGGGUCUCUUCGAAAUGAACAUGCCGAUCUUGUAUGGCGAAGGUGCUGGGUCGUUUGCUCGACUGCAAAGGGAGAUCUUGAACAUGUCCAAUGAUGCAUCCAUUUUCGUCUGGCAAUUAUCAACCCCAGAUGUUCAGCCACGGACUCAAUAUGGCAUCUUGGCACCAAAUAUCAAGUGCUUCGCGAGACAGGACAUGGUACAUAAGUUCAACCACAUUUCCACCGUCGAGUCGCACGUUGUCUCUCCUGAUACGGUCUGUCGUCCUUACAAAUCCACUGUCCUCUUGCGUGUGUGCGUUCUCGGCAAUCUUGCGCCCUGGGAGUCGUUGUCCAAGACGCAAAAGCAGCACUUCGAGCGCCUCCUUGCUUCCUCUUCGGAUGGCUCCUCCUCAAGAUUCAAAAAUGGCUACUCUCCCGGCCCACAGAUGGCUGUCAUUAUGCUUGAUUGCGGUACCAACAAGUGCAGGGUCGGGUUCACAGUCCAGAUGGAGGAGAAUGGGUCACUUUGGCGUGCUGACCCGACCCAAUUACUGAACUUUAUGAGCCCUGAGUUCAAUCUGCCUCCGGCCGAUUACCUCCUCUUCAAUUUGAAGCAGAAGGAGAUCCCAGACGAACAAGAGGGACAGUCAUAUCGUCUCGAUUUCGAAGAAUCCCUAUCAAAAUGGGGUUACACUUUCACCGAGGGUACUUGCGUGGAUCAACAAACACGAGCCGACCUCCGAUCACAAUACUGCGGUAAACACUGGCGCCUCUUCACGCCCAGUGGCCACACAGGCGGUUAUCCGUCAAUCCUCGUCGUCUUCUGUCACACGCUCGGCAAAUCACCCCAACAAUUGAGGCGCGAUACGGUGUUUGUCGGCUGCGAGGUCAUUGCAAGAUCCCCCAUCGACCAUUCCAAUGUUGGCCCACUGAUCAACAGAGUCCAACUUACCUCUCUUUACGACACUACCGAGAUCCGCUACAAAGCCUUCCCUACCAAGCACUUGUUGAUCAAGCUGCGUGUGGCGGUGCCACGUCUCAACACGCUGAUCGUAUCAUUGCAAGACAUGGAUGACGAUGAAUCCUUUGAUACCGAUGGCGGCCACGAUACGAACGAAGUUGAUGAUGCCGCCAGUAUUGCAACUACUCUGGUGGAAUAUCGUGACUGGGUUUUUGGGUAG